UUGGGUGAUAUAUCGACGCUCAUAAUUUUGCCAUCGUGCCCUUGAAGUGUUUUAAGCGGUUGCCAUGUCUUAUUUGACCAAAUCUAGAAAGAAAACGAAAGAAAAAAUGUAUUAUUUUUAAUUUUCAUGGAUAAAAUACGUUAUGUAAAUGUGAAUGUCAAACUGCGAGAAAAUCGAACCUAACCUCAAACUAAUUCCGAAUAAUCAAACACGACAACUGUCAAACGACAACGUUCAUGAGAAAAAGGUGCACAUGUUUGCAAGUAGUUGGCAUUUAUUUGUGAUUUUGUUGGUCAAAAUUUGCGUGUAAAAGUGCAAAAUGAAUAAAACCAAAUUGAAAUACGUAAAAUAUACGAAACAAGAGCUCGAUCGAUAUGUUCGUGAUAAGAAUUCAUGCAUUACACUAACGAAUAGUGACAUGCAUGUCGGUUUUCCGCCAUGGGGUUUUGCCAAUUUCCAAGAGACACUCACAAACAUCAUAUCACGCGAUAAAAUCGGAAAAUUCGACAUGAAAUUGGAUGGAAUUGUGCUGGAAGUGCGAAAUAUCAAAGUAUUUGGCAGCGUGUAUCCAGUAUACGAUGAUGAUCCCAUCAAUCAUAUCAAUAUUAAGGCGAAUUUUUAUGUAUUCCAACCACGAAUUGGGGCUGUUAUUAAAGGCACGGUGAAACACAUCUCACACGGUCAUGUUGCGGUCAUUAUUUAUAGAGUGUUCAAUGUUUCGAUUCGUUUCAAUCGGGUCGCUGUACGGGAUUCAUUGGAAAUAAAUCAACAAAUCUCAUUUCGAAUUAAAAAGUUUGAUUUGAGUGGUGCGAUGCCAUACAUUGAAGGUGAAUUUAUUGAGACGGCCAAACUGACGCUUGAUACUGUGAAAAAACACUUGAAAUUCGACGAUGAUGACGAAAAUACAGCCAAUGGGGGCGAUAGUGGAAUUAGCACUGAGGAAAACGAUAAGCGGAAACCGAAAAAUAUGAAUAAGAAAAAAGAGAGCAGCAGCGAAGAAAGCAGUGACAGUAGCAGCGAUUCUGAAUCAGAAGCCAAUGCCAAUGAUGGAUUAAUUGCUGGUUUAUUUCCGAACGUAAAAAUAAAAACCGAAAAAGUAUCUGAAUCGGAUUCAAGUUCUGAAGAUGAAGAAGAUUCUCGUUUGCCAGUUUCAGUUUCAAAGAUUAAAAGAGAGAAAAAUUCGUCAGACAGCAGUAGCAGCAGCAGCAGCAGCAGCAGCAGCAGCAGCAGCGAAAGCGAAAGUAGUAAUGACAGCAGCACUAGUUCCGAUUCAGACACUGAAGUAAAGUCAAAACUAAAACGUCCAAAAAAUAAGGUGGGACUAAACAUAACAAUGCCAUUACCAUCAACAUCUCAAAUAAAACGAGAGCCACAAAGCGAAGACGAAUCAGAGAAGCGAAAAAAGAGAAGGAAGACCUCAAAAAACGAUAGCAAAUCAUUUAAAUCAAUAGAAAAAGACCUAUUUGAUAGUUUCCUUAAGUGAAUUGACUUUUGAGACAAUUUAUGCAUUUAUACUUUAGGUCCGACUCAAGGAAUUUUUGUUAAUAAAUAUUUUUUUAUAGAAUAUAAAUGAAAA